AUGGCUGAUUUGUCUAAUAUUGAAAUCAAACUAAAUGAAACACAAUUGAGUUCGGUAUUAAAUAAAGAUAAUAAAAAUUAUGGAAAAAAAAAUUUGGUCGAUGGAAGUGAUGAAACAUGUUGGAAUUCUGAAGCAGGUUCAACGCAAUGGAUACAGAUCAAUCUUGCUGAAAAUGUUCAAUUAUCAUCCAUAGCAAUUAAAUUUCAAGGUGGUUUUUCUGCAAAAAAACUUUUGUUACAAUGUAGAUUAUUGAAGAAUGAAGAUGAAAAAAUGGUGUCUAUAGCAGAAUUUUAUCCACUUGAUAAUAAUAAAUUACAAAUAUUUAAUUUAACUUCUUCAAUAACUACAAAUUCAAUUCGUUUUCAGUUUGACGAAAGUUAUGAUAUGUUUAGUCGGAUUAUUAUUUAUUCAUUGAAACUAUUUCAGAAAACUACAAACGAGAUAGAGUAA